GACAGACAGAGACAGAGAGAGAGCUAUAUCAGGGAAAAACUGGCAAAGACAAAGGACUGAACAGUCUUAAGGUAAAACAGGACGGCGUAAAUGCAUUUUUAUACCGGUUUGUGGUCGUUCUGAUGUUAUACUACAUACUUAACGCCGUAAGGUGUUUCUCUUCAAAGCAGCAAAUUUCUGUUGUGUCUGUACGAGCGGAUUUGAAGCUUCAUGGUCAGAGCCUGAUGAUGGAAAGAAGUGCACAGCUAUAUGCUUGAUGACUGGAUGGAAAGAGCUGUCAACACACUAAAACUCACAAACGAUGGAGGAAGUGGAAACACAGAGAGCAGCUGCACUUUGAUUGAUGACACCACUGUGGUGUUGUUGGAGGAGUAAUCUUUAAUUUGGGACUGUCUUUGUUUGCCAGCAGUCUCAUCUUCGGUUCCAUUUUCUUCCGAUUCCCUCCUGUUGACCUUUUGUCACAUCUAUCCUUUAGAGAGAGCAGGUGUUGCUGUGUUAAACAAGCAGCAGGUCUCAUUUACCUCACAACCCCCACCUCCCCCUCCACCAUUCACAGACACACACAAGCUCCUCUCCUCCAAACGGCUGAGAGGUUGCUAUAGCAAUGGUUGUCAUGAUGCUGAUGUAGCAUUGUGGAGGUAGUAGUUGUGGAGGUAGUGGUGGAGCUGGAGGAGGUGGCGGUGGUGGUGGCUGUGGCGGUGAAGGUGGUGAACGUCCAGGGAUGGGAAGCGCUCCGUGUCCGACUGGUGAGUGGAAAGGAAAGGGGCGAGGCAGCCUGCAAGAACUGGGCUGCAUGCCCUGGAAGGUCGGCAAGCAGAAAGGAGCAGGUGGAGGGGAGGCGGUUGUUGGAGCAGAAGAGAAGAAGGGUAGGGAUCCCACGGACUAUCAGGAGCAGCAGCAGCAGGAUCUCUCAUCCUCCUCGUCUUCCCUUACCUCCCCGCUGCCUCCUCAGCCCUCUCUGACACCUCCGACCAUUUACCAUGAGAAGCAGAGGAGAGAGCUGUGUGCUCUGCAUGCGCUCAAUAACGUCUUCCAGGACGGGACAGCUUUCAGCAGGGACACCUUGCAGGAGAUAUACCAGAGGCUUUCUCCCAGCACUCUGGUGACACCUCACAAGAAGAGCAUGCUGGGAAAUGGGAACUAUGAUGUUAAUGUCAUAAUGGCUGCCCUGCAAACUCGGGGGUUUGAGGCAGUUUGGUGGGAUAAAAGAAGGGAUGUGGGCAGCAUCGAGCUGUCCAAUGUUACGGGCUUCAUUCUGAACGUGCCAUCCAACCUGCGCUGGGGGCCUCUCCGGUUGCCCCUCAAACGGCAGCAUUGGAUAGGGGUCAGAGAGGUCGGAGGAGUCUACUAUAACCUGGACUCUAAGCUACGUAACCCUCAACCCAUCGGCAACAGGGAUGAGCUCAGGAAGUUUCUCUGCCAGCAGCUGCGAGGGAAGAACUGUGAACUCUUAUUGGUCGUCUCAGAGGAAGUGGAGGCACACCAAACAUGGCGGUCUGAUGGCUAACGGUUCAACCAGCCGAUCACUGCGCCAACGAUAGGCCAAUUCCGAAUGAUCGGGGAGGAAGUAGGGUCAUGCGCAGCCAAUCACAUGGAUGCACACUAGCAGAUGUAUUUUUCCCUCUUUUUUGGGUUCUGUUUACACAGCCAUUGCUGGACUCUUUAUUGAUAGGACGCAAAGCAAUGAAGGAAGCAAACACUUUCCAGGGAAAAUCAAAGAAUCACAGUCCUUUACUCACAAACAGAUUUACAAAGAGUUACUAUUCUGUUUCUGCUAUUCUUGUUUUUUAUAUAUAUAUUGACUAUUUUUCAAUGUCAGCUUUGAGCUGUUUAUUUUUUUCCUUUUUACUGUUCAAGUUUCCAAAGUCAUGGGAGUUCAGGCUUUCUGAAAGAUGCUGUGUUUCUCUGCCUGUCUCCCUCAGUGAUCCUCCCUGCUUCAGUCCUAAUGUUCACUAAUGUGUCUUCUUGCUUCUGUCUCUACCUUCAUGAUGUGAAUCACUCUCUGUCCUUAUCCUCUCUCCUUCACCCUCACCAAAAUGUGCCGUUUUCCUUGCCUCGAUAUGCUACGUCAAAGUCAGAGAUUUAUCACGUUGCCAACUUUGUAUUUCAUUGUUUUCCAAACACUCGUGGCACAGACUGAGCCUACACUGUGUACAGAGGCUGUGCCGACACAACAGUUUUUUAUGCAACAGAGCAAUGCAACACCCAGGCCAAGCACUCCCUCUAGUGGGUGUUUGACCCAGUUUCCUUUUACCGAAGACUUAACAGCAUCACUCAGCCACUGCUCUUUUCAAUCAUUCACUUCUAAAUAGUUGCGUUGAAGUACGGAGAGUACUGAGGAUACAUUGCAAUAGAGACAAUUAUAAAAUGAUGCUGUAUCAUGACAUAAGAGUCAAGUUAUAGCAUUAAGAGAACUAUUUAAAUUAUUGUAAAAAUCAAAAUCUUCCUGAAAUACAGAAGUUCUAAGAAAUGGACAAACUUUGUGUCAGAAUGCAAGUUUAUUUUUGAUUGAAAAAAGGAAUCAACUUAAAAUAUCACAACUCAAGGUCAUCCUACAAUCUUGUUCUCGUUCUUUUGAUUGAAGAAAUGUAAACUAAGCAGCUCAAACUUUCAAAUCCUGAUCAAAAAUUAAGUUAAGGAUCAGUCUGCUGCAAAAAGAGACAUAGUUGGCAGGAAUUUUUGAUGAAAAUGAAUGUUUACAAAAUUAAAAUGACAAAAUGUAAUUCUUUGUUGAUCAGUUUGCAUGAACAUGAGCUCUGCUAUAAAAAUAAACUUUCCGACAAUCUACAAACCAGAUUAUCUAAACAAAACUGAUUGCUGGUUUAGUUUAAAUAAGCACAGACUGUGCAACUUCUAUCUGGUAACGAGUAUGUGCAAUUCAGUCAAAAGCCCAUGAACAAUGGAGGCAUUAAAGUUUUCAAUAACAAUUUGAAUUGAGGAAAAAGUUAAUCGUAAAUGUACUUCACAAGAGCCAAUUUUCCUCCACAUUGUAAAAAUGGCAUCACUCAGACACCUUAAAAAAUAAGGGACAAUAUUUUGUUUUCUAUUCUUACCCAUGGGGUCCACAGGGUCACCACCACAGCAGCCCUCUGUAGCACAGGAGCUCAGCUGACGCACGGCUCCUCCUGUUCUUAAACUUCUUUUUUCAAACCUGCCAAACACAGCACUGAAAGGAUGUCAUAAAUUGUUUCAAAGAAUCUAAAACAGUAAGCAGUGGCUCUAGCGCGUGCUCUCAGUGUGAAGAGGGGCUUUGAGGUUGGCUGCACAAAGGGAAGUAGUCAGGUGGCGCAAAGUGUCCCUGAGGGGAGAAAAUGUUGUAAAAGAAAAUGUAGAAAGAAAAGUGAACGUUGACAUUUUGGUCGUGAGCACAUGUCCAGUCAGAUGUGUGUUGUGGUUGUUAAAUGUGAAACGAGCCUUAUGAGAGAUUCCACUGUUUGUAGCUUUCAAAUCUAUCAGCUGAAGAGAAACUGUUAAAACUCUAUAUGUAUUGUCUGUGUAAUGACAAUAUCGGCCUUAACUUGUUUACAUAGAAGAAUAUUUGUUGCUUGAUAAAUGUAUGAGGGUCUGUGCUGUUUUUUGCCAUUUCAGGAGAUUUAUUCCAAAGCACCAAGUUAUCCUAAGUAUAAAGGAGAAGCAACUUAUCUAAUAUGAUGUUUCACUUUUGAAGCCAAGGGCUUUAUGUUAUUUACAAUUGUUUGAAAUGAUAUGACUUUUUUUUUUUAAAGAUCACAUGUUUUUCAGUGGUGCAUGUCUAACUUUAAAAUGGAAUUCUUCACUAUUUGCCCACUUGGUAGUUCUGUAAUUUCAUAUCUAAGUGAACGUGCAGCAAAACUUUGGAGAGUUUUCAUAAAAAUGCUGCAGUUUAUUUGACCCAGUCACAACAUGUGUCACAACUGCAUUGAACUUAUGUUUUUGGGGUUUUUUUUGCCAUGACAAUCUGUCAACCUUUCCUGUUGAAGGAUCCUGAUUGUCACUUUUUUGUUUUUCUUUUUAUUAAUUUUAUUUUUGCAUACAAAUAAAAUGCUUAUAAUGGCACUUUAUGAAAAAGCUGUGAUGUUGUUUCAUUAAUGGGGUAUUUACCUUUAAGUGCACUUAUAACAAACUUGGUCCUCAGAAUAGAAGAUCAUAGAAGAAUAGACCAUGCAGAUCCCCAAGGACUCUCAUUAAAUAAAUGAGCACAUUGUAGUUUGUAUAUGAGGUAGCACUGCUGAUCAACAGUAGGUGGCAUUAUGGCAAAAUGAAGAUGCUAAUAUGUUGAGGGAAUCAAGGCAGAAACAUAAAUUUAUUACAUACAAUAUUUAGUGUGUGAAAUACAAAGAAAAUGAGAUGUAUUUAGUAAUAGUUGCUAAUGUCAUCUUUCAGUAGGUGGCGCUACAGCAAACCAUGAAAUAAGUAUAUAAAUGCAUAGAGAAGCAGAUCCUGACCAUACAUGUGAAAUUUGAACUAAAUCAGAUGUUUCAUAUUAGAACUAGAAAAGCACUC